AUGUUACUCUGUUAUGCUCUUGCCUGUCUUCGUCUUUUACCCUCUCCCCCUCUCUACCCCUCUCUUCUCUCGGGCCUGCUCCAAGCUGUGCCUGGCAGCUCCAAGCAGGGCCCUGCACCCAGGCCCUUUGCAAUAAACCGCAAGUUCCACGCCCUGGCUGCAGAGCUCUCUCGUCUCCGUCCGUCCCGACCGUCCUACCCCCCGACACUCCUACAAACGCUCUCAUCCCUUGUUUUCCCCAAACCAGGAUUGCCCAUUGCCAACCCCAGGGAGGCUGCGAGGAAGAGGAAGAUGCCCCGGGACACUGAGGCAGAGCAGGAGCUGAGCAUGGAGAGCAGGGAGGACAAAUGCCCGCGGCAGAACCUGGUGGAAGAGGCCGUUUUGAGCGGCUCCACGGCGCAGGAAGCCAACGGGGAGGAAAAGCCCCGGAGAUGCCGCACGAGGAGGGGCUGCAAACGCAGCCGGCGGGGAUCUGAGGGGGAAAGAGCCAGCCUGGGCCGGGAAGGCGGCCGGAGACGGAGCCAGAGCUCGGAGCUGGUGCUCCAUGAGCAGCUCCAUGAUGGGGAGAAGCCCCACACGUGCGUGGAGUGUGGGAAGAGCUUCAGGUGGAACUGUGACCUGAUUGUGCACCAGAGGAUCCACACUGGGGAACGGCCCUACCAGUGUGGGGAGUGUGGGAAGAGCUUCAGAGAGAACUCCAGCCUGGUCAGGCACCAGAGGAUCCACACUGGGGAGAGGCCGUACAAGUGUGGGGAGUGUGGGAUGUGCUUCAGCUGGAGCUCCCACCUGAUCACGCACCAGAGGACCCACACUGGGGAGAGGCCCUAUGAGUGUUCCAAGUGUGGGAAGGGGUUUCAGCACAGCUCCCAUCUCCUCCGGCACUAUCGGAUUCACACAGAAGAGAGGCCCUUUCAAUGCCUCGACUGCGGGAAGGGAUUCAAGCGCAACUGCCACCUCAUCAGGCACCGGCGCAUCCACACUGGGGAGAGGCCCUACGAGUGUCCCCAGUGUGGGAAGAGCUUCUCACAGAGCUCUCACUUGACCCAACACCAACGGAGGCACCACUAAGGGAAGCCCUGCGAGUGCCCCGAGUGCGGGCAGAGCUUCGUGCGCUGCUCCAGCUCCAUCCCCCACUGGAGGAGGCACUUUGGGCACAGCCCUGGUCACUCACAUUCCCUGUGAUCCAUGUUGGGAACACACCUGGCUGCUUCGCCUUUCGGUUUGGCCUUAAUUUUCCUCUGCUUCACAUUCAUCCUUUAAAAACACCCAAAACUUGGUUAAAUGAAGGAA